CCGUCAGGCAACAUAAACAUUCCCAGAAUUUAGGCUUCAUAUGUGUACUCUUACCAAUGCAAUCGGGAUUUUCAUCAUCUACAUGGAACCUCUGAUGAUGUGCAUCGAUUUGAUAGCUUCGAUGAUAAACCAAAAACUACUCAUCGACUGCCUGGACCGGCUGGAAAAGGUGGAUCAGAAACUGUCCACAGAAAACAUCACCGUAAACAACAGUCGAAUCCAGCGUUACAUCAUAAUUUUUCUUGUGCUGGUACUGUUGUUCGAAUUUCUGCUGACCACGUACAACUUCGUUGUUUUCUCCCAGUCUGUUACCCUCUGGUCAUUGGUGUGGUUCAUCACCGCCUUUCCCACCGGGAUUAAUUCGGUUAGCCGCAUUUGGUUUGUGGUUUUGGUGCUGGCCGUUCGUCAUCGGUUCCAUGCUAUGAACAACCACAUGGAUGAACUGGCUGGAUUGCUGGAAGAACACAAUGACCACUGGGAGGACGAAUUGGAGAUUGAAAAGAAUGACAUUCCAAUGAAUUAUCUGGAAAGGGAGAUCUUUACGAUUCGUAGUCACCGGAAAGGGAUUGGAAAGGGUUCCGCCGGAACGAAAAUCAUCAGUGUGAGACCAUUCGAGAAAAAGUUAAAUGAGGAAAAGGCGAUUGCCCAGAAACGGUCCAAGUUUGAUCUUUUAUCUUUCGAAAAAUACAUGAAGAUUGACGAGAAGUUGGACAAGAAAAUGAUCUUGGUUUGUCGGACACACGAUGAACUAUGUGAAAUCGGUAAAUCUGUCAACCAUAUGUUCAGUUUCCAAAUGUUAGUCUCGAUGGCGCAUGGUUUCAUGGCGAUAACUGCACAGUUUUACUUUCUGUACUGUGCACUUUCCGGCCAGGAUGUGCCUGUUCUGUUUCGGUCAGCGCAGGUACCACAAAUUACGGUGCUGCAGAUUCUCUACAUUGCUGCAAAAUGUGUCAUCUGCAUCUAUGUCUGCUGGAAGACCAAAACCGAAUCGCAACGUACUGGCAUCUACAUGCACCAUCUGGCAAAUAUGGUGGAUGAAACGCAUUUCUACCAGAUUGUGAACCAUCUCUCGCUGAAGCUGUUGAAUCACCAGUUCAACUUUAGUGCCUGCGGUUUUUUCGAUUUGGACAUGACAACCCUUUAUGCGAUAACCGGCGCGAUUACGAGUUACCUUAUAAUCCUGAUUCAGUUUAAUUUGGCCGCACUUCAAAAGUCGGGAAACUCUACAAGUAGCGUAAAUGUGGCUAGCACUGUAGCAUCGUUAAUGAAUAUUAAUACCACGGAGAGUACCGCUUUGAGCACCUAUGUGACUAAUCCGUAAUGAAUAUGUAGCUAAUCGUAGCAAGCGUUUUGACGAGUGUAUCUGUUAUAAGUGUUGUUUGAAUUUUCCUUUCCGGAAUUAAAAGAGAUUAUAUCAAGAGUGCUGAUUCAAAUGGACCUUAGUGACAAAUGUAAACAAACUGAGUUAUUUGCAGCACAGCAUGUGAUUACAAAAUAGCUAACGAAUACCGAAAACCAGGAUUCAUUAUACACAGUAUUUAUCAAAAUAACAAGCAUUAUAUAAAAAGUCGCAAAGUUUUCAUGAUCAUAUUUUGAAAUUUUGCACUUGAGACCUUUUAAAAUGAAAGGACCUAUGCGCGAAAUAUUUCAAAACCUCUGCAACUGUUCAUAGGCGCCAUGCAAAAACGACGCAAGAUUCAUUUCAUUCCAUGUUUUCCCCACUGCACAUAGGUACCUAGUAAAAACGUCCUAAGCAUCAAAAUAAAAGAAAUUAUUUUCUUCUGUUCAUGCGACUUAUUUUCGAAGUUAAAUUUAAUAAGUAUAAUAAUUAAAUGAUAAUUGGAAAGCUUAGUUAUUCUAAAGUAACAUGCCAUUCGUUGGUUUUAACCACUUCCAGCCAAUGAUUUGUUAAUAUAAACUAAAGUUUCCCGCAUUUUUUUUCUGCAAGACUUCUGUUAAAUCCAGUGCAACUAUUUACCAUAGUAAUGAAGAACAUUCGUAUUCCGGUGCUCAUUUUGUCGAAAACUUUGAAGAAAUUCAAUAUUCGUCGUAAGAGCUACCUUUGCUGAAAAAAGCCGUAUGUGCAGCGUCGUAUGAUUCUUGGGCCCGAAAAGAAGACCUAUGUGAAAGGUCCUAUAAUUUUCAAAAGGACGCAUCAUUCUAAAGUGCUUAAAAACUACAUUAGCACUAAACAUUUCAUAUUUUUAGCAUUAUUUACCUAAAGAGCAUAGUCCUUAGACUAUAUUGGCAUAAUUGUUCCAUCAAAACGCAUAUUUGUUCUUUAAUAGGGAUUUGUUUUAGGUCCAUGAAACUUCAGCCUCGUUUUUCUCAGUUCGAGCUCAAUGUCACUUAGGACCUUUUGAAUAAGUACUCUUGA